AUGACGAGUGAAGGGCAGUGCGAGUGUGUAGAAGGACUGUGUCCUAGUCUAGGGGCUCCACAGGACCUGUGGACAGGGCUGGCUAUGGGAUCCUGCCCUGAAGAGCAGUACUGGGAUCCCCUGCUGAGCACCUGCAUUUCCUGCAAAGCCAUUUUCAACUGUCAGAGCCAGCACACCUGUGCAGCCUUCUGCAGGUUACUCAGCUGCCGCAAGGAACAAGGCAGGUUCUAUGACCAUCUCCUGAGGCGCUGUGUCAGCUGUGCUUCCAUCUGCGGACAGCACCCUAAGCAAUGUGCAUUCUUCUGUGAGAACAAGCUCAGGAGCCCAGUGAACCUCCCACCAGAGCUCAGGAGACAGCGUAAUGGAGAAGUUGAAAACAAUUCAGACCAAGGAUCAGAGCACAGAGGCUCAGAAGCAAGUCCAGCUCUCCAAGGGCAGAAGCUGAGUGCAGAUCAGCUGGCCCUGGUCUACAGCACACUGGGGCUCUGCCUGUGCGCCAUUAUCUGCUGCUUCCUGGUGGCGGUGGCCUGCUUUCUCAAGAAGAAGGGGGAUCCCUGCUCCUGCCAGCCCCGCACAAGGCCCUGUCAUAGUCCGGCCAAGUCUUCCCAGGAUCACGCAAAGGAAGCCAGAAGCACCAUGGGCACAUCCCCCGGGCCAGUGGAGACUUGCAGCUUCUGCUUCCCCGAGUGCAGGAUGCCCACCCAGGAGAGCACGGUCAUGCCUGAGACCCCUGACCCCACUUGCACUGGAGGCUGGGGAUGCCACACCAGGACCACAGUUCUGCAGCCCUGCCCGUGUAUCCCAGACAGCCGCCUUGGCAUAGUGUGUGUGCCUGCCCAGGAGGGGGGCCCGGGUGCAUAAAUGGGGGGCAUAAAGGGAAAGGAUGAGGGAGACAGAUGGAGGGAGGGGGAGAGAGAAAGAGAGGUGAGGAGAGGCGAGAGAGCUAGGGAGAGAGAUUUGGGGAGAGAGAGGCAGAGGAGGCAGAGAGAGAGAGACAGAGAGAGAGAGAGAGGCAGAGAGGGAAAGAGACAGAGAGGCAGAGAGGGAGAGAAAGAUAGAGCAGGAGGUCUGGGCGCUCUGGGCCCCAGUUUCCAGUGCAGCUGUAAGUCGCCAUCACCUGACCACACGUGAUAAAGUCCUGGUGCUGCUGCUCACUGCCCCCAAGAGCCCCUCCUCCUGGAGAAUAAAACCUGUGACAGCUGCCUUUCCUCA